AAAUUCAUUUUAGGCAAGUGUCACUUGCCUCCCAAGCCACACCCAAAAUCGAAAAUCCCCAAACCCCAUUUCUCUAUCUUAAAAAAGAAGUCUUGACCAGUUUCCCUCACACUAAUUUCUCAGCCACCAAACAACUUUUAUGGCGAAAUCGAUCCAUCAAACAAAACCCUGUGCAGACGGGUUUUGUUUUCUCGCUGGCCUCUUCUUCGGCCUUUUUUGUUUCUGGUCCCUAACCCUUUACCAUUACAAACCCCAUUUUGGCUUCAUCCCUUUUUCUGCAAAAGCCUCAGAUUACGGGGCGGAGGCUCCGAUUCUCCAUUCCGACCCGCCCCAUGAAACCUUCUACGACGACCCGGAACUGAGCUAUUUCAUAGAGAAGCCGGUCAAUAACUGGGACCAGAAGCGACGCGUUUGGCUAGACCUUCACCCGUCAUUCACCGCCGGGUCACGAGAUCGGGUCCUCCUCGUCACCGGAUCGCAGCCGUCCGUUUGUAAGAACCCGAUUGGCGACCAUCUCCUUCUGAGGUUCUUCAAGAACAAGGCGGACUAUUGUCGUCUCCAUGGCCACGACAUUUUCUACAACGACGCAUACUUGCAUCCCAAGAUGGACUCUUAUUGGGCCAAGCUACCUAUAAUUCGGGCCGCGAUGCUGGCCCACCCGGAAGCUGAAUGGAUCUGGUGGAUGGACUCUGACGCCGUGUUCACCGACAUGGAGUUUAAGGUUCCGCUGGGCCGGUACAAAGACCACAAUCUUGUGGUCCAUGGUUGGCCCAAUAUGGUUUAUGGGGAUAAGAACAAAAGUUGGACCGGGCUUAACGCUGGCGUAUUGUUAAUUCGAAACUGUCAAUGGUCCAUGGAUUUGAUUGAUGUAUGGGCCUCGAUGGGCCCAUUGAGUCCGGAUUUUGAGAGGUGGGGCCAGAUUUUAACAUCGGUAUUUAAAGACAAGUUAUUCUCGGUCUCGGACGAUCAAUCGUCUCUGAUUUAUUUACUUUUUACGAAUAAGGAGAAAUGGGGGGACAAGACUUAUUUAGAAGGAGAGUAUAAUUUGGAAGGUUAUUGGUUGGCUUUAGUUGGGAAAUACGAUACUUUGACCGCGAGUUAUAUUAAGAUGGAGCGAAACGAGGGCGUUUUGAGGAGGAGACAUGCGGAGAAAGUGAAUGACUGGUAUGAUGCAGAGAGAGAAAAAUAUCUCCAGGGGCGUGAGAGGAGACCUUUUGUGACGCAUUUUACAGGUUGUCAACCGUGUAGUGGAGAGCACAAUCCACAAUAUUCAGCCGAUUCGUGUUGGAAUGAGAUGAAGAGGGCUUUGAAUUAUGCCGAUAAUCAAGUGCUUAAGAACUAUGGCUUUGUGCAUCCGGAAUUGAGUUCCUCAGAAGUUUCUGUUGUAAUCUAAUCAUAAUAUUUUUAUUUCAA